UAACGGCAUUUAGAAAUAUAAGUACAAACGAGAGGUAAACAUUAACAAGACGACCAAAAUGAGCAGCAUUCUUAGUGAAAUGGAUUGGGAUGAGGGCUUUGCAGUGCCCGUGGCAAAUGCAGAAAACAAGUACCUCGAAGAUGAGAUAAACAAGAAACAGAAGGCUAUUGUUGCUUCCAAGAAUGAGCUGAAUGACAAUGAUGACAGAGUGCAUGCUAUGUCAGAGCACCUGAAGAAUGUUAGACAAGAGUUGCACCACACCCAGGGUCUCCUGAAUGCCAGAAAUAGAGAGACUGAAACUGAAGAUCACAUGAGCAAAAUAGCCCAGAGAGAAAUGGGGAGACUGAAGCAGGAAAUUCAAAGGUUGGAGAGAGAAUAUGAAAACUUAAAAGAGCAGAAGAAUAUAUAUGAGAACAACAUCUUCAAGCAGACCCAGAAAUUAGAGGAGCUGAAAUCUCAGAUGAAUUGGGAUCAGCAGGCCCUUGAAGCCUGGUUAGAGGAGUCAGCACGCAAAGAUGAGGAUGCCAUGACCAUCUCAAAGUACUCCAGACAAGAUGAGGCCAAAAUCAAAGAAUUAUCACUGAGAAUGGAGCACCUCACAGAUGAGGCUAUGGACCACAGGCACAAGCUGGACCACGAGACCACGGAGACACUUACUGCACAGAUAGAGCUGGACAAGACAGCCGAGGAGUUUCGUAAAGCGCACGCUGAGCGUCAAGAUCUCAUACGGCAGUGGGAGAACACCAUUGACCAAAUGCAGAAGAGGGACAAAGAGAUGGAUCUGUUGGCUCAGGCUUUGGCCAAAGUGAAAGCCGAGGUGAGAAACAGAGAAGAGCUGAUCAAGGAGAAGCAGCAGUUUCUGGACAAUGAGAUAGAGAACAACAAAGAACUGGAGAAGAAAAUAUCUGUGGCUGAACGUCUCGCUGCAAAGAACAGAAUAGACUACCAGGAAGCCGAUGCUGAGAGGAUCAGGUUCUCAGAUGAGUUGGAUGCCCUGAAACGCACAGUGGACAGGACAGCCACAGACCUAGAGGGCGCCAGGGGACAGGUGACACAGCUGAAAAAAGACGUCAUUGACAGGACCAAGAAACUUGAAGAAGCCCUGGAAAUGCGAGAACAGCUGCAGGAGAAACUGAAAAUCGUAACGGAGUCGGAGCUUAGUGCAGAGGAGCGUGCUGCGCGCAUGGACGAGAUCAUGCAGGAAGAAGAGCGCCGACAGAAAGAAAUGGACACAGAGCUCAAACGACUGCGUGAGCUGCACUACAAGAAAUCCCAGGAGCUCUUUGAUGCCAAGAGGAGUGAAAGAGACACAGAGGCGGAGAUCCAGGGCAGCCAGGCUGCCAUUCGUAACCUGAACAGCAAAGUCGCCAAGCUGGAUCACGACUCUCUGAAGCAACAGGAGAUCAUAUACAACCAGGAUUUCAACCUGCAGCAGCUUGACAGGCGUAUUAAUCGCAUGCAGGGCGAGCGUAGUAACGAGGAGAAGGUCCACUUGGAGGCUAGGAUCAAGGAGUUGACAGACACUCUGGAGGAGAAGAACAGCACCAAUGCACUGCUAGGACUGCAGUUGAAGAGACUGCAGGAUGACAUCCGCAGAGUGGGCCGUGAACUGGACAAAAGCACCAAGGAGAAGGCAGACAUGACCAGCAAGAUAGAGGAGCUGAACCUCCACAACNGAGCUGGAUUCAGAGAAAUCAUUUUCCUCUUACAGCAAAAGAUGGUGGAUGACAACAUUCUUAAGUUGGAGAUCAAGCGGCUGCGGGACAUGUUGUACACCAAAGCUGACGAUGUGUUCACAUUGGAGAAGAGAAGACUGCAGUUGGAAACUGCAAUGAAGGAGCGUCGUGGUGAGAUAGACAUCCACACAGAGAUGUUGACAGCACAGGUGAGAGCGGCAGAUGAGGAGAGGUCACAGAUCAGUGCAGAGCUCCAUGACAGGAUAGCAAAGAUUGACAAACUUAGGAAAAGAUAUGAGAUCCUGAUGGUACAGAUGGCGCCACCAGAGGGGGAAGAAGAGAAAUCCCAGGCAUACUACGUGAUUCGAGCUGCCCAAGAGAAGGAAGAGCUCCAGCGUACAGGUGACGACCUAGACGCCAGGAUCAGGAAGGCUGAGAAAGAGAUCCAAGCCCUGGAGAAUACGCUCAGGCUGAUGAACGGGAGGAAUGAACAGUACAGGAAGAGCUUUAAUAAAGUCACAGAUUCCAGUGAUGACAUGGAAGAGAAGGCACAGCUAGAAGAACAGAUGAGGGCUGUCAUGGAUAAAUACAAAUACAAGCGUAGGCAGAUCAGAGAGCUUCAGGAAGAUUUACAGACAAUGAGCCACAACCUGGACACCCUGACCAGAGACGAAGACGCCUACAUCGAGAUGAUCCAGGACAAGCAGAACAAGAUCCUCCAGUUGAACAAGGAGAUGGAUGAACAGCAGGGUAAACUGGACAGAGUCAUGAAACAGAAUGUUAGAUAUGCCAGGGAAAUAAGAUCUGCUAAGAAGAGCAAGGGAGAAGUCCCAGAUGAGAAAGACAUGGACAUCCGUGAGAUGCGGGAGUUCAACAAGAUGGCGAUGAAGCAGGUGGGCGAGGUGACGUCUCAGUAUCCAGACCUGGCACAGGCAGUCAACCUCUACUUCACACAGGCCAAUCUUCCCCCACCUCCAGCCGGAGGUAUGGGCAGUCCAUUUGGUUCCCGCCCGUCCAGUGCCAGAAGUAGCCUGUCCUCUGUCCGCAGUGGCUACUCCACCCCCAAGUCUCCAGCCUCCCAGACGUCCAGCCAGGGAAGACCAGCCGCAGUGGACAUAGGGGCAGGACUGGCCAUUGGAGGUGUAGGUGGUAGUCCAGCAAGUUCAAGAGCGUCUUCAAGAAGCAGUCGUAGCAGCAGACGAUAACCUUGGCCAUUCUUAUACACCGGACAGUCACCAUGAUAUUUCCACAACCUUGAAAUUCCAGAGUCAGUCAAGGUUGAAGGGGGGGGGGGGGGAGUCACUUCGGACAUUCAUAACACAUUGAACAUCAUGCUGGAGAAGAUGAAGACGUGCGAUGCCUUGAUGUGAUUAUCUGAAAAAGUCAAUAAUAAUAACAAUAAUAAAACGUCCAUCAAUUUUGUGACCUUGGAUAACAGACUGUGAUAUGUUAUUUACUUUAUGUAAGGUACAAAACCAAUUGUUUUUACGUUUUACAUUUAAAUUGUAUAUAUUUAU